AACGUGAGUAUAUUGCAAAGUUGAGGAAUAACCAAAGUUCAGAUUUGGAAUGGUUUGUAAUAUAAUUUUCAUUUCUUCAAAAUAUCUGAAGAUAUUGAAGAUAAUGAAGCUCAUUAAUUAAUACAAUUUGCUCUGCAGCAGGAGGUUAUAUAGGCUGCAAUUAGGUUAAACAAAUACCCUGCUUGGGGGUAUAAUGUAGGGCUUGGAGAGACAGAAGAAGGAAAUUCUCACAUGAAGAGCUUUGGGCCUGGAACCAUGGGUUGUGAAACAGUAAAGGAGCAUGAGGAAGAUGUUUACAGAGAGUUUGAAAGAAAUGGUGUUGUAUAUUUCCAAACUGUGGGGCCACCAGCCAGCCUCUUCCAGCCGCCCCGCCGCCCCGGCCUGGGAACUGUUGGGAAACCCAUCCGUCUCUUAGCCAAUCAUUUUCAGGUGCAGAUCCCUAAAAUUGAUGUUUAUCACUAUGAUGUAGAUAUCAAACCAGAAAAGCGGCCCCGGAGAGUGAACAGGGAAGUGGUAGAUACUAUGGUGAGACACUUCAAGAUGCAGAUAUUUGGUGAUCGGCAGCCAGGAUAUGAUGGCAAAAGGAACAUGUAUACUGCACACCCAUUGCCUAUUGGGAGAGAUAGGGUGGAUAUGGAGGUGACGCUCCCAGGUGAGGGGAAGGACCAGACAUUUAAAGUGUCUAUUCAGUGGGUGUCAGUGGUCAGCCUUCAGCUCCUUCUGGAAGCUCUGGCAGGGCAUUUGAAUGAAGUUCCUGAAGACUCUGUACAGGCACUUGAUGUAAUCACACGGCACCUUCCCUCCAUGAGGUACACCCCUGUGGGCCGUUCCUUCUUUUCUCCUCCUGAAGGUUACUACCACCCUCUGGGAGGAGGAAGGGAGGUUUGGUUUGGAUUCCAUCAAUCGGUCAGGCCUGCCAUGUGGAACAUGAUGCUCAAUAUUGAUGUAUCGGCGACUGCUUUCUAUCGUGCACAGCCUAUCAUUGAGUUCAUGUGUGAGGUCCUGGACAUUCAGAACAUCAAUGAACAGACCAAGCCUCUUACAGACUCCCAGCGUGUUAAGUUUACCAAAGAAAUCAGAGGUCUAAAAGUAGAGGUUACCCACUGUGGCCAGAUGAAGAGAAAAUAUAGAGUUUGCAAUGUUACCAGGCGACCGGCGAGCCAUCAGACGUUCCCUCUGCAGCUGGAAAAUGGACAGGCUAUGGAGUGUACAGUAGCUCAGUAUUUUAAGCAAAAGUACAGUCUGCAGCUGAAGUAUCCUCACCUUCCGUGUCUCCAAGUGGGACAGGAACAGAAACACACUUACUUACCACUUGAGGUAUGUAACAUUGUGGCAGGCCAACGAUGUAUCAAAAAGCUAACAGACAAUCAGACAUCAACUAUGAUAAAGGCAACUGCAAGGUCAGCACCAGACAGACAGGAAGAAAUCAGCAGACUUGUGAAGAGUAACAGUAUGGUAGGUGGACCGGAUCCGUAUCUGAAGGAGUUUGGCAUUGUGGUCCAUAACGAAAUGACAGAGUUAACAGGCAGAGUAUUGCCAGCACCGAUGCUGCAGUAUGGAGGCCGGAACAAGACAGUAGCUACACCAAACCAGGGUGUUUGGGACAUGAGAGGGAAACAGUUCUAUGCUGGCAUCGAGAUUAAAGUUUGGGCUGUUGCCUGCUUUGCACCUCAAAAACAAUGCAGAGAAGACUUGCUCAAGAGUUUCACAGACCAGCUGCGCAAGAUCUCCAAGGAUGCGGGAAUGCCAAUCCAAGGCCAGCCAUGUUUCUGUAAAUAUGCACAAGGCGCAGACAGCGUGGAGCCGAUGUUCAAACACUUGAAGUUGACCUAUGUUGGACUGCAGCUCAUAGUAGUGAUUCUUCCUGGAAAGACACCUGUGUAUGCUGAGGUUAAGCGUGUUGGUGACACUCUCUUAGGAAUGGCCACGCAGUGUGUUCAGGUGAAGAAUGUGGUAAAAACCUCACCCCAAACUCUGUCCAAUCUUUGUCUGAAGAUAAAUGCAAAGCUUGGAGGGAUCAACAAUGUGCUUGUACCUCAUCAAAGGCCCUCUGUGUUCCAGCAACCAGUGAUCUUCCUGGGAGCAGAUGUCACUCACCCUCCUGCUGGGGAUGGAAAGAAGCCGUCUAUUGCUGCUGUGGUAGGCAGCAUGGAUGGCCACCCUAGCCGCUACUGUGCUACAGUGCGUGUGCAAACCUCCCGUCAGGAGACUUCCCAGGAGUUACUGUACAGUCAGGAAGUGAUCCAGGACCUGACUAACAUGGUACGAGAGCUGCUGAUCCAGUUCUACAAAUCUACUCGCUUCAAGCCCACACGGAUCAUUUACUACAGAGGAGGAGUUUCAGAGGGACAGAUGAAACAGGUAGCUUGGCCAGAAUUGAUUGCAAUCCGGAAGGCUUGUAUCAGUUUGGAAGAAGAUUAUAGACCAGGAAUAACCUACAUUGUUGUGCAGAAAAGGCAUCACACUAGACUCUUCUGUGCUGACAAAACUGAAAGGGUGGGUAAAAGUGGUAAUGUACCAGCAGGCACUACCGUGGACAGCACCAUCACACAUCCCUCUGAAUUUGACUUUUACCUCUGUAGCCAUGCAGGAAUUCAGGGUACCAGCCGCCCAUCUCACUAUCAGGUCUUGUGGGAUGACAACUGUUUCACUGCAGAUGAAUUGCAGCUGCUAACCUACCAGCUGUGUCACACGUACGUCCGCUGUACAAGAUCCGUCUCCAUUCCAGCUCCUGCAUACUAUGCCAGGCUGGUAGCAUUUAGGGCAAGAUAUCAUCUUGUAGACAAGGAUCAUGAUAGUGCUGAAGGCAGCCACGUUUCAGGACAGAGCAAUGGCCGGGAUCCCCAGGCUCUGGCAAAGGCAGUGCAGAUCCAUCAUGAUACCCAGCAUACAAUGUAUUUUGCCUGAGUCCAUCUGGGAAGACGAGGCAGAACCGGCAACCCACGCAGUCCUGAAAUGUUUUGAACGCCUACUGCUUAUAGCUAGGUCUCAGUCUAUUUCAGACAGUGUACUACCAGCAGCUCUGAACAGUCGCACUGAAUCUACACUUCACAGCAAAGUCUGAUGCACCAACACAAUUGAGCCAUUUGUUUUGUUGUUUUAAGUAAUAGAAAUUCAUGAACUGUCUUUUCUGAUGCAUUGGACUGAAUUUUUACCUCAAAGCGCAAAAGGCCGAUCAUCCUGAAAUUUUUAAAAGACUUGGCAUGAAAGAUUUUUAUUGAAUAUUUUGCUAGCUAUGGUUUUUAAGUUAUCUCCUCAUCCCACUAGUUUAUCAAGAUGACAAAUUCCCUGUCUUCAUGCACUGCUUAGUAAGUAUGCAUAUUAUGGCGAAACAUUUUACUCCAAUUCAGUGUAACCAUUCUAUUGUGUGGGGCCAUAGAUAUUUUUUUUAAUGGAGAUUUUAGAUUUCACUACUGUAAAUGCCUUUUAACAAACAUUAACUUUCACAGGUAUUGCAGGUUUUUGUCAGUUUUACUAGUUAUCUUUUUAAUCUCUGCAGACUUGGGCUGCAAAGCAAUUGCACUAUACUACGGAUUCAGCUAGGUGGUUCUUGUUCUGUGAAUGUGUAACAUAACCAGAGAGUGAUGCCUGGCAGCAGGUUUUAAUUAUGAUGGUUACAAAUAAUACUGCCGUGAUCUGGUAACAAGUACUGAACCAUUUCCCCUUCUAAAAAUGAUAAAAUAUUUUAAAAAAAUUAGCUUUUAGAUAUUUUUCAAACUUUUACAAAAGUGCCCACUUUAUGCUGCUGUGUGGUUUGAUAAAUCUAAGUGAUUUUAAAACUUUUCUCAUAGAAGAUUUAACUUUGGCAAUAAAUUUUUUUUAAGCCCCCCUGACAGUGUAAAAUUCUAGCUGAGGAUUGUGCAUGAGUUUAACCAACCUUCUUGUGUCAUUUUCUGAACACACAAUUUGGCAGUUUCUGAAACUAAUCAGAAAAGACGCACUUCCAUGGGUUUUUUUUAAUAAUUAUUUUUAACUGUUUUAUAUUCACUGUUGGUGUCCUGUCUACCACUUUUUUUUAUAAGCUUGGAAAUUGGGUGUUAUAUGUCGGAAGGCUCGCCAAUCUGUACAGUUCUAAGUGUAUUGUGUGACCGUAGCAACCUGAAGCCUGGUACCAGCAUUUUAAUCCCCCCCCCCCCUUUUUUUUUCCCCCCUUCCCCCCUGGAAAUCUAGGUUGCUCUCACAAUUGCAUUCAACAGCAUGUUUAAAAAGUUUAAAUCAAAUAUAUUCUGUCCCGGACAAGGAAUUAGUUGUUUUUAUUUGCUUGGCUUUUUUCAGCUAAAAUGUAUAAAAAGGAAGAGGGACUUGGCUUCACUUAAUACUUUUGGAACUCACAAACCUAGUACAUUGAGAAUAGAUUUCUUUUAGGGUUAACAUGAGUUAACACAGACUAAAAUCUUAUUCUGAGAUUCAACAUAGCUAACGUUACACCACUGCAGAAGCUAAGACAAGUUUGAAAAGUCACCAGCUAUUGCACUGUCUCUGCCAUUGGUGUGGGGUUUGCUGCUAAGUUGUGUGUUGUUCCUGAGCUUGGAAACCAGCCCUCUCAAAAGCUCAGCAAUAUGAAAUGCUGUUUUUUCCUUCAGUCUUCUAAAUAAGCUUGUACAUAAAAUAAAGUUUACAUUUUUAAAUGCUGUCUUUUCAGUUGUACCUGAGUAAACUGAAGCCUGUCUUCAAGACAGUUUUUAUAACCUACUUUCAGAGUAGUAUGCCUCAUUAAAAUUAGUUUAAACUUUUUCUGUUGGAAAAUGGGACUGGAGCAAGCUCUGCUCCUGGCGUGUAGUGUGGACAGGUUUAGAUAAGGUUCUUUUUAAUUUGUUAAACUUUUUUUAAAGAAUACCUCACUUGGAUAAUAAUCAGGACAUGUGGGUGGGAGACUGACUGCUGCUUCAGCUAGACGGCUGCUUUUCUUAAUACUUGUUCAGGGAGAAUACAAAAAAACCUUUUAGAAUGAACUUUGACCCAAUCUAUGGUGAAUUUUGGCACCUUGAAGAGAAAUUGAGCACCCUUUAGCUUAUAGGAUCAAAGAUCACUGUGGGUUCAUGCACUAGGCAAGAAUGUGACUGAUUAGUCAAGGGUGGAUAAGACUGAGAUUUAAUUUUUACCACCAGAUAGAUAGUUGUCCAGUGCCAAGCACUCCUAGUUCAGAUUGAAUGAAAUGAGAGCCUCUUAUCUGCUUGCCUGCAAUUAGCCUGAAUAUUUAACCUCAAACUGUACAGAUUAUUGGACCUCAGCUAGCUCUGGGAAGCAUGGCAAGAACUUUCUAACUCAGUCUUGUGUUAGAACAUCACAGGAAUAAAAUACUGGUAAGGGUGCAGUGUUGUCACUUGGAGAGGUAGAGAGAACCGAAGAGCAUUCUAGAUUUAGAAUUAUUGUCAUUGAAGGGUGCGUCUUUUGGGAGGUUAGAACUGCAAGAUCAAAGGUGCAGCAAUAUUAUUGUAUACAGUUCUGAAAGCUGAGUGAUGAGGUGCAGCUCGAUGAUCUCAAUUACCCCUUGGGACUGACUGAAUCGUUAUGCAUGUGUCAAUCAAUGGGAAGAUGUGCAUUCUGUAGCUGUAGUUCUUAGGGUGUUUGGUUUUUUAUAAAUAAAGCCUGUCGGCCACUGUUUAGCUAUGUGGUGUGGAAGAUUUUAAAUGUAGCAAAGUUUAAUGAGUUGGGGGCAGGGGCAGUUGACAGUAAAGAAUAGCAGAAACCCCACUUUUGAACCAGUUCUGCUUUCUUUGUAAACGGUUGGAUUCUGAACAAGCUCUGGAAGGAACCAGUUGGCCCAUCUCAGACAGUCAGACGGGACCAACUUAUUUAUUCUUACUGUAAGUUCUACAGUUUAGUGUAGUGCCUGUGGGUGCAUCCAAAGGGCAUAAAAGGUUGUGAUCGACAGGCAACCAUGCUUCUUCGGCCUGGUCUGCACUAGAAAAUGAGGUCGGCUUCACCGCAUCACUCGGAGCUGUGAAAAAUCGACACCCCUGCAGGACGUAGUUCAGCUGACCUGUCGACAGCGCUAGGCGGAUUGGGAAGAGGUUCUUUCGCCAGCAUAGGGAGCGUCCGUACAGAAGGACAGCUGCGGUGCCGCUGUAGCGUUUCAAGUGUAGACCAGCCCGCACAGUACGUAUCUUGUUCCAGACAAAUUUCAGAGCUUAUUUAUCGAUAUCAAAAGUCUUGCCCGACACAUGGGCAAAGGCAUCAUCUUGUUCAGAUAGCGUUUAACAACAUUUCUCUCUUUCCCCCCUCCCCCCCGCCCCAACUACCUUUGUGGAUGUGCUGUAGGAUUUUUCUUGCUCAAUAGCAAGGCAGUAGCUCUACUUUCAUUUUAAGAAAGCAGAGUUUGGAGGGCAUUGUAUCAAUACUGUUUCAACUGCAAGGCUUUUUCCUUGUGAAAUUUGAGGAAAGAUCUUGUAAUAUCACAGAUUUUCUUAUACCUUGCUAUUGACAUUUUCAUGAUAUUUCUAUGUCUAGAGGCUGAAACUUCAAUGUAAAAUGCAUUUGUUCAUUUUGACUUAUGAUGUAAUUUUUGUUUCUAUAUUGUUAGACUUGUAAUGUUUAAAAUUGUAUUUUAUUAAAUUUGGACUGGAUGUAUGUCUAUAGCAAUACGAGGUACUCUUUCUAAACGGUUAUGGGUGGGUUAGCAGCCCCAUGUUGCGAUAAGAUGCUGGUUGUGUACAAUUUGCAAUGUAUUUUUUUUAGCCUGCAGGGAUAUUUUGUGUUCAUGUGUCCAAAAAAAUAAAAAAUUGGCAUUCUUGUG